GAAGGGUAGAAGGUUGAGAAGUCAAGUCUGUUGAGGGAGAAGGAGAAGGUGGGUUUGGAUGGAUUAGAAGGGGCUGGUGGGUGGAACAAGGCAUGUGUACGGCGUGGGGCAGGUGCACAGAGAAGGGUCCGUCUACGGUGCAGAACUUGUCCACGAUGCAGGGCCAAUGCAUAGGGGGGCCGCUUACGUACGGUGUUUGGUUUUUGUUUACCUCGUGCAGUCGUGCGUGGAUUGAUGGUUAUUUUGGACUACUUGGUAGCCAUGGCUAAUGGGAUAGAGGAACUUUGUUCCCAUAUUUUCUUGAUUUAUGGUGUUUGGUUUUUGUUUGUUUCGUGUGGGUUGUUGGUGUUUUGGACUACUAUUUUCUUGAUUGGAGCUGCUAGAUUGCUAUUCCAUUUUCUUGAUGGUGGUAAGCUGUCAUGGUGUUUGUAUGUUAUAAUUGUAUAAUUAAUGCUCAGGAGACGUAUCUGGUUUCGUGGUCCGACGAAUUUAAACCUCAUAAUAAAGUGCAUGAUUUGAA